GAAGAGGGCCGCACGAGCGUGUUGCUGACAUAACAUGACCUGCUUAUGGACAACGCUUAAGCGCAUGUGCGAGGCCAUUCUCUCUGUGUUCAUGUGUGGGUACAAGAGGUCCACGCUGAAUUCACGUGCAAGUAAUUCUCAUUACGUCGUGCCCUCCGUGUUGGCCCCUGAGAUCGGCCUGGAGCUGCCGGUGCCUGUGUACCACCCGCAGCAGGACGAGCUGAAGAUGGAGCCGGUGCUGCCCCUGCUGCCGCCCUCCGCCCCCCUGCCGCCGCCUCCGUCAUCCCCGCAGAUGUGCCACACCAAGCGGAGGCCCACGCCCCCGCCAAAGCCCAAAAGGCGAAAUAUCUAACUCCUUAGUUUCUGGAGAGUUUAGCGCAUUAAUCCUUGCAGUGUAGUGAAAACAUGUGGAAAAUACCAAUUUGAUGCCACCAGUAAGGACGACGUAGACUUCAUAUUGCUUUUAAGCACUCUAAUAAAGACACAUUUUUAAUUCCCUUGUCUCACUUUUGACAUUUUAUGUUCACUAAGUUUAAAAUUGUUUUGUGGUAAAUUAACUGUGCAU